AUGGAAUCAUUUCCUUUGAUAUGGAAACAAGUUUGUGAAGAGUUACUGGUUAUGGAUUCUUCUUUGAGUUCAUUCACCAUGUUCUGUUUCCUUCUAUGGCAUAUUUGGAAGUCUCGCAAUGCUGCAAUAUUCCGCCAUGAGGUAAGUUCUGAAAUUGAAACUGUUUCUCUUGCAACACAGGCAUGUCAGGAAUUUACCCAUGCACAAUCUAUUCAACUAGUCCCACAUAUUUCACUUCAACAACGUCAUCCAACAUCCUCACCUUUGCCUCCAUCAGAUUAUAUUAAAAUCAAUGUAGAUGCAGCAACAGACCAACAUGCUAAACUUGGAACCAUUGCUGCUAUAGCUAAGAAUCACUUGAGAGUGGUAGUAAGUCAAUUCUCAGCUCUUUUUCGUUCCAUUUGGGAUCCUCGUAUUCUAGAAUUUUUGGUUGUUAGAGAAGCUUUAAACUGGGCCAGCUCUCAGAAGUGGCAGAAGGUUAUUAUUGAGGGAGAUGCACUUCGGGUAAUUCAAUCUGUCAACUCAUCAGACUCAUAUCUUGCGGCAGCUUGGGGUGUUUGCUGUGAUAUUUGGCAUCUUCAAGGCUUAUUUCAUGAUUGUAUCUUCUGUUAUACUCCUAGGACAUGUAAUGUUUUAGCUCAUAAUUUGGCUCAAAAUGUGAAACGAGCUGCUCUUUUACUGUAA